UGCAGCUAUCUUUACAAACUAAUGUUGAAGCAUUUGACCAAAGAUGGAAUUUUCCCAAUCAACAAAGAACAAUAUCAUUUGUGAUAGUGUCAUUCUCUACACCGGGAUAUUUGCAAAUUUGGGUGUUCUGAUCCAUCUACACAAGACAUGGAUCUCCCGUAACCGAGUGCAGUUUUACAUCCUGGCUCUAUGCGUUGCAGAUUGUUUGGGGCUGAUCUUGAGACAGUGUGUAGAAGUCGGUUUGCAUACAACAGAGUCCUGGAACACUGGGGAAAUCGGUUGCAAAAUCAUCAUGUCUGUUUCAAUGGCUGGAACCUUCCUUGCACAUUUAGUUCUUGUUACUUUCAACAUAGACAACCUUGUAGCUGUGACUCACAGACAGUCUCCAUCAUCAAUAAGACUCUGCCAACUCGCGUGUGCUGCACUAAUGACCGGUCUGUUCAUCGGCGGACAGAUGUAUCUAUAUCACAUUGAGAUACACCCCAUAUUUGCCUCACUUCGACAGUGCACCCCAUUUGGAAGAACCACGGUGGAACAAGAAUUGAUAUAUAAAGUAGUCAUUGCCGUCGCUGUAUUUUGGUUACCUGCGCUUCUUGUGACUGCCUGUGGUACACCUGCGUUCAUCUGCAGGCACAAUGUUCAUCCUACUGACAAGGGUGAUCGACAGCGAAACGAUGGAGACGACCCUAAGAGAGACCUUUGGGGUUUGAAAUCUGAUAUCCUAUAUACCACAACAUUAGACUGCCUUUUUACUGUGUGUUGGCUACCAUUCAGCAUUAUGAAGAUUGUUCUUGUCAUACACAGUGGACUGUUCCGGGAUAAGAACCUUAACUUGAAGAUAUUGGAUGCUUUAACAUAUCUGUCUAUGGUAAACCACUGCGUUAACCCUCUUGUAUACGGUAUUUUCUGCAUACUCCAAAGAAGAAAGCAAAGUCCGGUGCAUAUAUAGUGAGGUACCUUCGCUGGACAAUUAGUGGACACUCAUCGGAGUAUUGUCCUUGAUAAUGAUAUAACUAAUAUGAUUCCGUACACUCCCUUCACGCCAUACAAUGUGCACAGGUGGUCCUGACGUCUUUGGUCACGCCAGAAACCUAUGCCAAUAGGGUUCGAAUCCCGGUUUGCCCCGUUCAUGUUUCUAGGUCUGUCAGCACCACACCUGUGCUGACACGCCAUGCCAGUACUGGAAUGCUCUGCAAAGUGGUGUUAAACCCAACUCAAUCGCUUACCCAAACCAACUCACGAACCUAUUCCAACCAUACAACUCUAACACCCAGAAGAAUGCAGAACCAGCGAUGGUGACCUUUCACGUUGCAAUUUAAACGUAGCAGUGAAAUGUCAACCAAGUAAUAAUAUUAUCAUUGAUAAUGAUGUAACUGAAAUGAUUUCGUUCACUCCCAUCCAGCCAUACAAGGUCCCUUGGUCACGCCAGAAACCUGUCAUCUUGGGGUUCGAAUCCUUGUUCGCCCCUUUUAUGUUUUAGUUCUGUCAGCAACAUACCUGUGCUCAUAGGUUUUACCUUUGUGGUCAACGUCUGAGACCUGCAUCACUUCGGGCUUUCCUUCCACAUUAAGCUGACAUGCCGUGAUAUAACUGAAACAUUAUCAAAUUGGUGUUAAAAUCACACUCACGGACUCAAACCGUACACUUCUAACAUCCAUAGGCAUGCACAACCAUGAUGAUGACCUUUUAAGCUGCAAUUUAUACGUGUCAAGGAAAUGUCACCCGAGUAAUUAUUGACCUUUGUAACAUUUCGUGAUGUUUAACUCGCCCAUGUAUCCUGACGACCUUAAUAAUCUACAAUUACAUUGUAGUAUUUGUUAGUCAUUUGGUUUGCUAUACUCAUUCCACGCCAUUAGAGCUCAACGUGUGAGGACUUGCGUGAAAGAAAUACGUCUCGUUCUUAAACAUGGAUAUGGAAUAUGGCAACAACUUCAGUGACUACACAUACGAUUAUGAUUCAGACUUGACGACGCCAUCGAACACAACGGAAAUAGUAGUAUCCAGCGUUCUACUGUAUAUCGGAGUCUGUACCAACAUAUGGAUGAUCAGAUCUCUCUACAAAUCAUGGAAGACAGGCAACAGGAUGUAUUUUUACCUCCUUGCCAUUUGUGUCGCUGAUGUACUGGGCUUGUGCAUCCGCAGCGGAAUCAGUAUUGGGUCUUAUGCAACCGUAUUCUGGAAAGGUGGAUAUUAUGGAUGUAAAAUAUUUGCAGGUUUUCAGAUGUUUGGGCCCACCGUGUCCCAUCUGAUCCUUGCAGGAUUCAAUAUUGAUAAUCUUUUCACCAUCACCUGCAGUCGCUCCAUCAAGGCUUUGCGUAUCGUCUUCCUUCUGUGUUCCUUGGUAGCUUCCUUCAUCGCGUGUGGCCUCAAGUUCUACGUCUUCCGUCUGGUAACAAUGGGACACGUAAGCCAGGCAUAUUUCUGCGUUUUGGAUCCAGAAGCUAGUAUUGUCCUGCCGCUUGUGGACAUGGCUGUCUAUUUUGUACUUCCAUUACUAAUGAUGAUACUUUUCGGUCUACCAUCAUUGUUUGUAUGGUGCUGCAAAAAAGGAACAAUCGCCUAUACGAAGAUGACACGUGACGAUGGCUCCUGCACAGACCUUCAAUUUCUUGGCAGAGAUAUUGGAAUAGUUUUGGCUUACGAUGUGGUAUUCUUCCUCUGCUGUGCUCCGUUCAUGGUAUUCUAUUGGGUCCUUGGUUCAUAUCAUACCCGGAGCACAAUUAUCGUCUACACAGCUUUACUCUUCCUGGAGACUGCAAACGCCUGUCUAAAUCCCUUUAUAUAUGCCAUAUUCAACUGCAUUGGACGACGGAGGGAAACGUCUUCUCCUGGACUGUAGAAGUCAGAAUCGUCUCAGUCCCAAACAAUGGCCGGAACAAAAUGAAGACUGAUCUUUGAUGGAUAGAAUCUUCUCUUUUCUCUUUGUGGAACUCAUUCUAUAACCUCGAUAUGUUUUAAUCACGCAUGGACAUUAACUAUUCAGGCACAGGGUACAUACAUUUUUAUCAUUCUGUAAACAUGUAGACAUUGUUUCUUUUGUCCCCAAAAAGAACGAAGUAAAGUUUGUUUGUUGUUUAAAGCCGCACUCAGCAAUACCCCAGCCAUAUAGCGGCGUCAUGUAAUUAAUCUAGUCUGGACCAGACAAUCCAGUGAUGGCUAUCAUGAGCAUCAUUUAGAAUAUGAUGACAUGCCUCAACGAAAUCAGCGAGUCUUACAACCCGGUAGCCAUUAGUCGCCUCUCACUACGAACUACGCUUGCUGACGAUCAGUUCCAACCCGGAUCUUAACGGGCUUCGACGAUGUCAAGUAGUACUAUAAACAAAUACUCACAACCCCAUGACGUUUUCAAUCUGUUAUGAAACAAACAAUUAAGUAUGAUUUACAUUGUGAAACAAUCAUGUUUUUUUUUCAGACGUCUCCGCCUUACACAUCUGUUCAUGUGUGUUUAUUUGACUAUUUUUUAAGAUUAUUGUAUUAUUUCCUGUUUGUUGAUGAAAUAUCCUUAGGUGGAGAUGGUGGUCAGUGCAUCCUAGGCCAAGGCUUAGAGCUACGGUUAUUGUAACUGCCCUACUUGAUAUACAUAUGUAUUUACUUGAAUGUGGAAACGUUGUUGACGUGACAUGCCACUCGCUCACUACAUAUUUCCUAUUGGCAUGUCUGUAAUGAAUGAUAUGCUCUAUGUCAGCAUAUGAUGUCACAACCACAACGUCUCACUAGAACCUAUAUAGCUGACUACAUUAUUGUUGAUACAUCUACACACCCGGUUUGCUAGUCUCACCCAAACUCUAUAAACACAAUUAAUCGAUGAGAAAUAGUCUAGCUGCAUACAGUGCUGUCCACCGCAACCACUCGUCGUAUACACAUGCAUGUCAAGUCUGAUCAUUGUAUUCUCGUUGCAAGUAUGUUAGCCUGACAAUCACAUUUCAUCCUUGAACUGAUAGGUAUACAUUGUGCAAUGUAUCGUCCUUGUCUGUACUUAAUGUAUCAUAAUAUAACGCGUCGUCUGGUUUCAUUAUGCAAAUGAAUAACGUCCUUUUACUCAAGAUUUCUUAUAUCUCUUUAUUGUUUAUUAUUUCCUCUACUUCUCAGAAAUAAACAUGAUUAAAUGCA